UCAAAAAAAAAAAAAAAAAAAAAAAAAAAAGAACCAGGAGUGAGCCAGGUGACCAUCUGGAGAAAGAGGGAUCCAGGCAGAGAGAAUAGUAAAUAGAGCUCUGAGGUAGGAAUGAGCAAGUCAAACUCAAGGCCAUGAGGUCAGACCCCCUAAACUUGGAGGAAAGUAGGGGACUUAUUGCCAAAACCCCAGCCAUGCUUUCAGAGCCAAAAGGUGACGUGGUGGGUUCUAAGGCCUUCUGCUCCCUGCAUUGUAGAGCCUGGCAUGAGGUAGCACUUGCUUGGAUCCUAGGUGCUUAGCCCUAUAAUCUCUGGGCCUCAAAGGUAGAAGCUACCUCCUUCUGGAUUGCUUGGCCCUAAGAGCCAUAGAGAAAGCUGUGAGCCCAGAGUGCCUGCCACCUGGACACUGAUUUUACUGUAUGCUGCAUCAGACAGACAGCUCGAGUUAGGACUUUUUGUAUAGCCUUUUCCAGUUUUACUGAAAAAAAUUUUUCCAUUGCCUUUGUUUGUGUGCUUUUUCCUAUUUGUCCACCAGGUGUCUCCUCAGUCUGUAACUGGGUUUUCCUCUCUGACUUGGAGUGGAUGAGUCCCCUCCCAGACAUCUAGCCUCUCAGCUAUGGGCUUCCAAGGAAGCAGGGACAUUAAAGGGCCUGCAUACCCCCAUCUCCCCCAUACAGCUCUUCAUGGCCUAGGGGAGACAAGAUGGUGUGUCUUCAUCCCUGACUUCCCUGAGGAUCUCCAUGUGAUUCCUGGUAGAGGUAUAGGUCACUGGGCCACAUGCCCAAACCCUGCCUGACCAGCUGUCUGUCUGUGAUGUGAGCCACUCCCCUCUCCUUGUGGACUCAGACUCCCGUGUAUUCUUAUCUCAACCCUCUUACCAUUUCCCUCCUUCUGUACCUUCUCCAUGUUUCUCUUACACAAAUGUGUGUCAGAACCCCUGGGGUUUGUUAAAAAUGCAGAACCCAGGCCCUAUUCCACUCCCCUUCUCCCCUCCAUCCUAUCACACAUAAACAUUUCUAAUUCUGGAGGUGUAAGGAGGGGUACAAUAAUCCUCAUUUUUAACAGGCCUUGCAGGUGACUAAUAUAGGUGAUUCAGAGACCCUGUUAGAAAUAUUCCUAAAUGAUGAAUACUUUCUCAUCUCUCGUCCUCUGAUAUCCUAAAGUCCCAGUUUCCCUUUGGAUUUGCCUGAAAGAGUAGGGAAAAUGCAAGGUGCUCUGAGGGGACUGGGAAGAAGCCUUUUGUAAGGGUUGGGGGAAGGUUUCUUAUUCCCUAGAAUCAGGGCUGCCUUGUCAAAGUCUUCCUGUCAACCUAACGGGUUGGGACCCUUUAGAAGGGUCUUUGGUCUCUGGUCUAUAGUGUGUGAAAACUGUGGCCACAAACAUCUGAAACAGACCCCAGAGCAGAGCUGCCGCAAAGCUGUUCUCUGUGCAGAAGAACCUGGGGGUGGGGAUAGCUCCUCCAGGGCCUCCCUUCUUGGGGGUCUCUCCCAGACUGGCUGGAGCCAGGCCUCCCUAAUCCUGCAGUAAUCAUUCCCAGCCGUUGGCUGAUCUAGGCCUCAUCCAGGGUCUGUAGCAUUGAACGUCAGCCAUGCCUUCCAGAUGCACACCACCAGAUCACUACCUAUAAGGAUGCAGUUUCCACAUUCUGGUCUCCCUAGAAUGCUUGAUGUGUUCUCAGGAAAUCCUUUAGGGGUUCCCAGUAUGGGACCUUUGUGAGGUCUCUGUGAAUUGGGGAUAGAGGAAUAGACAUAGACUUGCCUGUUUGUCUUGUUCCACUCUCCUAGUAGACACCCCCACACAGCACAAACCAGAAUGAUGAGGGGGAGAGGAAGGUAAUACCCCUGACCCCACCCCUUGCACAAACAUUCCACUCCAUACCUGCCUUAAACUCCCAAUCUCAAGAUCUGGCCCAAAGUAUGUUCAGGAGUCCCUGUGGAGAAAGUGGAGGAUCCCUAGGACCUGUGUAAAUGAUUGGGACAGGCCUGGUAAUCUGCCUAUGUCCGACUGGCUGUAAAGAAUCUCCCUAAGAAAGGGCCUGGCUAAGCUGGGUGCAGGUGGAUCCGCAGCCCUGUCCUCAGAUUGACAGUGUCUGCAUGUCGUACUUGGCUGCGAGGGGGCAGCUUUGGUCUUCCAGCAGCUUUCUGUCGACUGUGGAUGGGUUUGAGAAGAAACAGCUCACCGAGAUCUCCUGCAGCCCAAGUACUCAGGCUGCAGAUAUGGCCCAGAUACCUGUAGACCAGCGCCUUUCCACAGGCUGUUCUGAGUGCCAGGGAGGGAGGGAGCCCUUGAUGCCUCUGCAACACGGGCCAACUUCCUGUUUGUGCCUGUGGGUGGGACUUUAUGAGUUUAAGGGAAGCCUAGCCAUGCCAUGUGGGGGGCCAAACCUGGCAGACCUACUCACCUGUGCCAACACCUACUCCAGGGAAGGGGCGGUGCUGGUUCUGCUUGGGCAGCCCCCAGCCGAGGUGUGUGUAUGGUGGUGGUAGGAGCUGUUUUGGUGAAACCCGACCCUUCGGUCUCUACUACCCAGGGGUUUUCCUUGUGUUUGGAGUGGAUUUAGAGUUAGCCCGGUUGGGCUCCCUACCUAGCAGGGGAGGGUGGCAGAGUCAAGCCCUAUAGCCAAGUAGCUUAGCUGUCGGACACGUGCUGAGCACCCCUUCCCCGGGUCGAAAGCCAAGCCCAGUAAACUAUGAAGUCAGAAGCCAGAGGUUCAGCGUUGGGCCACCGUUGAGCUACUGUUGGGCUGGGUACUGGGUCGGCUGUUGAGGGGGUGCUGGGCAGACCACUCCCCUCGCUGGGUAGGGGGCGCGGCUUCAGCUGCCCCGCCCCGCUCCACCAGGUCCGGCCUGGCGGGCACCCGGAGUCGGGAGUCGGGAGCCCGGAGCCCAGAGCGGGCUGGGGAGCCCGCAUUCUCGAGGCGAGGAGGUGGGCGCGCUGGAGCAGGAGCCGGUCCGGAGCUGGAGCGGAGGCGCAGGUGGCACUGGGUUGCCUUGGAGGCCCCUGGCCAGGCCUGAGCUUCUGCUGCCAUGGCCAUUGUGCAGACUCUUCCAGUGCCACUGGAACCCACUCCUGAAGCUACCACUGCCCCGAAAGCUCCAGCCAUGGGCAGCGUGAGCAGCCUCAUCUCAGGCCGGCCCUGCCCUGGGGGGCCAGCUCCUUCCCGCCACCAAGGCCCGCCUGGGCCCACCUUCUUCCGCCAGCAGGAUGGGCUGCUUCGGGGUGGCUAUGAGGCACAAGAGCCACUGUGCCCAGCUGUGCCCCCCAGGAAGACUGUCCCAGGCACCACCUUCACCUACAUCAAUGAGGACUUCCGGACAGAGUCACCUCCCAGCCCAAGCAGUGAUGUUGAAGAUGCCCGAGAGCAACGGGCAUGCAAUGCCCACCUUCGUGGCCCCCCACCAAAGCUCAUCCCUGUCUCUGGAAAGCUGGAGAAGAACAUGGAGAAAAUCCUGAUCCGCCCAACAGCCUUCAAGCCGGUGCUGCCCAAACCUCGAGGGGCACCAUCCCUACCUAGCUUCCUGGGUCCUCGGGCCACCGGGCUAUCUGGGAGCCAGGGCAGCCUAACACAGCUGUUUGGGGGCCCUGCCUCUUCCACCUCUUCCUCCUCUUCUUCCUCGGCUGCUGACAAACCCCUGGCAUUGAGUGGCUGGGCCAGUGGCUGCCCAUCAGGAACACUGUCCGACUCUGGCCGAAACUCACUGUCCAGCCUACCUACCUACAGUACUGGGGGUGCUGAGCCAGCCACCAACUCCCCAGGUGGGCAUCUGCCCUCCCACGGCCCUGGGCGGGGGGCACAGCUGGGGCCAGUCCGAGGGGCCCCUACUGGGCCCUCCCACUCGGACAGUGGCCGAUCUUCCUCCAGCAAGAGCACGGGCUCACUGGGGGGCCGCGUGGCUGGGGGGCUCUUGGGCAGUGGUCCUCGGGCAUCCCCUGACAGCAGCUCCUAUGGGGAGCGCUCCCCACCACCCCCACCCCCUCCACCCCCUUCGGACGAGGCCCUGCUGCACUGUGUCCUGGAAGGAAAGCUCCGUGACCGGGAGGCAGAGCUUCAGCACCUGCGGGACAAUCUGGACGAGAGUGAGGCGAGCAUAUGCCAGGCAUACGAGGAGCGGCAGCGGCACUGGCAGCGAGAGCGUGAGGCCCUGCGAGAAGACUGUGCGGCCCAGGCGCAGCGGGCGCAGCGGGCCCAGCAGCUGCUGCAGCUGCAGGUGUUCCAGCUGCAGCAGGAAAAGCGGCAGUUGCAGGAUGACUUUGCCCAGCUGCUGCAGGAGCGUGAGCAGCUGGAGCGGCGCUGCGCCACCUUGGAGCGGGAGCAGCGGGAGCUCGGGCCGAGGCUGGAGGAGACCAAGUGGGAGGUGUGCCAGAAGUCAGGCGAGAUCUCCCUGCUGAAGCAGCAACUGAAGGAGUCUCAGGCAGAGCUGGUGCAGAAGGGCACUGAGCUGGUGGCCCUGCGGGUGGCAUUGCGGGAGGCCCGAGCUACACUGCGGGUCAGUGAGGGCCGGGCGCGGGGCCUCCAGGAGGCAGCCCGGGCGCGGGAGCUGGAGCUGGAGGCUUGUUCUCAGGAGCUGCAGCGGCACCGCCAGGAGGCUGAGCGGCUGCGGGAGAAAGCCGGGCAGCUGGAUGCUGAGGCAGCCGGACUCCGGGAACCCCCUGUGCCACCUGCCACCACUGACCCAUUCCUCCUGGCGGAGAGUGAUGAGGCCAAGGUGCAGCGGGCGGCAGCAGGGGUUGGGGGCAGCCUGCGGGCCCAGGUGGAGCGGCUGCGGGUGGAGCUGCAGCGGGAGCGGCAGCGGGGCGAGGAGCAGCGGGACAGCUUUGAGGGGGAGAGGCUGGCCUGGCAGGCGGAGAAGGAGCAGGUGAUCCGAUACCAGAAGCAGCUGCAGCACAACUACAUCCAGAUGUACCGGCGCAACCGGCAGCUGGAGCAGGAGCUGCAGCAGCUCAGCCUGGAGCUGGAGGCCCGGGAGCUCGCAGAUCUGGGCCUGGCCGAGCAGGCCCCCUGCAUCUGCCUGGAGGAGAUCACUGCCACCGAGAUUUAGGACCUCGCACCCAGCUCUGCAGGGAGCUCUGCCGAAGAUAGGCAGUAGCUGGCAUCUGUUCAGGCCCUGGGGUCCACUGAGGCUCCCAGAGUCUGAGGGCCCCACAGCCACUUGUCCUCCAGGAUCUGCCAAGAACUCGAGGUGGCCCUGUGACUUGGAGGAGCAAGAACAGACCCUUCAAAGGUCCCUUUGUUCACUGUCACCAGAGGCUCCUACUCACUCUACCCAUUUCACUCCCCACUGCUGCCAGUGCCACCCUGCUCACCCAGACACCUCCAGCCCACUCCUGCCGGGGAGCUGGAAGAGGAAGGGACAUCCUCAUCUCCACAUUCUCCCCACCCCAAAGCCAGAGAGAGCCAGACGGCACCAGCUGCUCCAGAUGUGCCUACCCCCACCCUGCCCGCAUUGGGGGACAGGGCUGGGACUGGGGUCUGGCCCCCAGGUUCCAGCUCUGCAGCCUUUCUCCUGGAGUGAGGGGGCUGAAGUCAGACCAAAGGAAGAACUCAGAAAUGUCUUGUUUAUUUGUUUGUGACCAAGCAGCCCCUCCCUUCACCCAGGUUUAUGGCCUCGUUUUCAUGUGUAUAUUUUUCACACUGUAAAUUCUUGUACAAACCCAAAGAAAACAUUAAAAAAAUUUUUUUUUGUUUAAAAAAA